CCAAACCCUCUUUUCUUCAUAAAACCUCAUUCUCAUAAACUCAUUAAGUUUCAGACCAAUCUUGAGUUUUAUUUCUUCGGAUUGAUUCUUUGAUAAUUAUUUUUGGAAGAUGUACGGUGUUGGUGGAUCGAGCACAACGGGUUUCGCAGAGGCUUACGCGAUGAGGAAGAUUUAUAAGGAAAAGAUGAAGAUGAAGCUUGCAGAGGUAAAAGUAGAGGAAGAGAAAAACAAUGUUGAAGAGAAGAGUAAAAGCUGGAAAACCAAGAAAUCGAAGAAGACCCUCCAGAUUAAUCCGAGGGUUUCCUCUGCAGAUAUUUAAACAUCUAUGUAGUUAUGUAUUUAUUUAUUUUAACUCUUUUAUGAUGGGUUCAUUUUGUUUUUUCUGUAAUAUAUUUUUCCCAGUUAAAUAACAUAAAAAAUGAUGGUUGUUGUAAAUCUUAUGCAUACUUCUUUUUGUGCAA